AUGGCCAAACAUGCAGCUCAUGGCCUCUUUCGCAUGAUUGAGAUGACAAGGGCUGAACCUUUGGUGCUUGUAGAGGCCAGCUAUAACUUGAGUGUUGGAGAUUGGAAAAAUCUCAUCAAGUCUUUGUCUUUUACCCGAGAACACCUCCACCACACCAGUCAUCCAACCUUUUUGCUUCUCCUCAGAUGUUACCGCAGGGUUAGUUUGCGCAUUGUGUUGGUGGAUCAUCCCACCAUGCAGGUGCUUGAAAUUCAAAAGCCACCUUUGAUCGAUCCCUCCAUUAAUUUUAGGAUCGUGGGUUCCAGUAAUGGCUUGGUCUGUGUUGAGGUGGGCAACGAGGAUGGUUGCAUGGUCCCUUCUCCUUUCAGCCCAAAGAAAAAUGGUACGGUUUCCCCUUACUUUUUAUUAUGGAAUCCCCUGACCAGACAGUUUAGGGAGGUGCCCAGAACUAUGAAGGGUUCUAAUGGUUAUUACGAUGUCGGAUUUGGUUUCGAUCCCACUGAUGAUGAUUUCAAGAUAGUGACAACUUAUGUAACUCAAUUUCGUUUUGCCGUUAAUCCCGUGGAAGUUUAUUCAUUAAACUCUGGGUCUUGGAAGGAAGUAGAAUCACAAAACUUUGAGGGCAUAAAUAUUAGAAAAGGGGGGAAAGUCAUUGUUAAUGGUGUUAUGUUUAUGUUUGGUGGAAAGCAGAGGCCGGGUGAUGAUUCUAAUACGGCGGUUUCGAUUGACCUAACAAAGCAGGGGAAGAUGGAUUUGGACUAA